AACNAUCCGUUCUACACGCCGUCGGAGAUCACAAAGCAAGCAAAAGCAUCAAAUGUGAAGCUUAUUAUUACACAAUCUUGUUACGUUGAUAAAGUCAAGAGUUUCGCUAAGGAAAACGAGGUGAAAAUUAUGUGUACGGAUAACUCACCACCAGAAUAUGGUCGUCUCAGUUUCACCGAGUUAAUUACUCAAUCAGAGGAAGAUAAUCAUAAUCAUGAUCAUAAUACCCUUAUAUCUGAUAUAAAAAUCUCUCCUGACGAUGUCGUGGCGUUGCCUUAUUCGUCGGGCACGACGGGGUUACCAAAAGGAGUAAUGUUAACACAUAAAGGGCUAGUAACAAGUAUAGCACAACAAGUUGAUGGUGAAAACCCUAAUCUUUAUUUCAAUAGUGAAGAUGUGAUUAUGUGUGUUUUGCCAUUGUUUCAUAUUUAUUCACUCAAUUCUGUGUUGCUUUGUGGGUUAAGAGUUGGGGCAACAAUUUUGAUAAUGCAAAAGUUUGAAAUUAAAGGAUUAAUGGAGUUAGUAGAGAAAUAUAAGGUGACAAUUGCACCAUUUGUGCCGCCUAUAAUUUUGGCCAUAGCAAAAAGUCCAUUGGUUGAUAAAUAUGAUUUGUCAAGUAUAAGGAUGAUAAUGUCUGGGGCUGCACCAAUGGGGAAAGAGCUUGAAGAUACUGUUAGAGCUAAACUGCCCAAUGCCAUACUAGGACAGGGAUAUGGAAUGACUGAAGCAGGUCCAGUGUUAUCAAUGUGUCUAGCUUUUGCAAAACAACAGUUUGAAGUCAAGUCAGGUUCCUGUGGGACAGUUGUUCGGAAUGCUGAGAUGAAGAUCGUCGACACCAACUCCGGUGCGUCGCUUCCCCGGAAUCAUGCCGGAGAAAUCUGCAUUAGAGGUGAUCAGAUUAUGAAAGGAUAUCUGAAUAAUCCAAAAGCGACAGAGGAAACAAUAGACAAAGAAGGAUGGUUACAUACUGGUGACAUUGGAUACAUAGAUGAAGAUGAUCAAGUAUUUAUUGUGGAUAGAUUGAAGGAAUUAAUCAAAUACAAAGGAUAUCAAGUUGCUCCUGCUGAAUUAGAAGCUCUACUAAUUUCUAAUCCAAAUUUAACUGAUGCUGCUGUUGUUCCGAUGAAAGAUGAGGUUGCUGGAGAAGUUCCUGUUGCUUUUGUAGUGAGAGCAAAUGGUAGCAACAUUUCAGAGGAAGAGAUCAAAAAAUAUAUAUCCGAACAGGUUAUAUUUUACAAGCGAAUCAAUCGAGUAUUUUUCACAGAAGCAAUCCCAAAAGCUCCAUCAGGGAAAAUACUUCGAAAAGAUUUAAGAGCCAAGCUUGCGGCAAGUUUAGCUAGUUAAUUCAAAUAUGGAAAUAAAUACUUAUAUAUAAUUGUUUUACUUCAUAGGAAUUUGUACAAUAUUGAAUUAUGUAUGCAUGCUUAUUUGUAUAUUGAACCAAUUAUGAAAUCGCUUAAUUACCCUUUUUGAUUAA